CAAAUAUCUUGAGACGUUGUAGUCAGAUUUUCUUUCCUUCUUCUAGCCUCUAUUCUCCCGAAUUUUAAGGUACUAAAAAACUUCAAUAUAUAUAUAAGAAAAUAAUAUCAAUUUAGAUAUUGUUGCACUCAAAAAGUAUACAAUGGAGAAGCUUCUGAACCAUAAUGACAAGGAGUACUUGAAAAUGGCUAUGUUGAAGCACGAAGAAACUUUUCGAGAUCAGCUAUACGAACUUCAUCGACUUUACCGAAUACAGAAGGUGUUAAUGAAUGAAGCCAAGAAUUCACUCGAAAACAAUCCUACCAAAAACGAAAGUCCCGCUAACGAUGAUGCGUACAAUAUUCCGGGCUCGAUUGAUAAGCUAAGAGUUUCUCAAGCUGAAGUUGACCAUGGUGACUUGGAGUUGACCUUAGGCCCAAAAAUCUAUUACCAAGAGAAAAUCAAAGAUAGAUUAAACAAUCCCCCUUGGCUAUUCCAGGCCCUUAGCAUGAAUGUAACUUGAUAUUUUUCACUAAAUUUUAUCUAGAAUUUAUGAACUGAUUCAGAGGAAGUUGCAUUGAAUGGGAUCUUUUUAGUAUCUUAUUUUGCUUUUUAUUUUUAUUUUUAAUUUAACUAUGAUGUGUAGUAUUUGCCUGACUGUUAUUAUUAUGAAAUGAGAAAAUGUGGUGUCUGAAUAUGG